AUGGCUCCCUCGGCUAUCAAUGACCUUGCCUCAAAUGGCGGUAACGGCCAACUACAACUUGGCGUCCCUUCUGGACGACCUAUCCGCAUUGCAGGAUGCUCUGGAGGUGUUUACGACCGAAAACGAGCUAUGGAAGACAUGGCCAAGAACGAAGACGUCGAUGUGAUAACAGGUGAUUGGAUGAGCGAGUGCAAUAUGACUCUUCGAGGAUCAGACAAGAGAGACAGACUUGCACAGCGCAAGAUGGCUACUGGUUCAACCGAAGUGGCCAAAGGGUACGAGCCGUAUUUCCUCGAGGAGGUUGACCCGGCCAUCCCUUGGCUUGCAAAGAAGGGCACCAAGCUUGCGGUGAACGCUGGAGCCUCAGACGUCCACGGCUUGGCGGAAGCUGUCAAGGAACUGAUCAAAAAGCAUGGGGUGGACCUGAAGGUUGGCGAGCCCUUUUUGAACCUCCCGGCAAAUAAGUCCAUCCAAGAAUGGGGUUACGACCCCGUCUGCGCGCAAUGCUACCUCGGCGGCACCGGUAUCGCGGAGUGUUUCCGAGCCGGCGCAGACAUUGUGCUCUGCGGCCGCGUCGCCGAUGCUUCCCCGACAGUCGGCGCCGCAAUGUGGUGGUACGGAUGGAACCGCGAGGAGCACUUGACCGAGCUUGCCAACGCUCUGAUGGUUGGCCACAUCAUCGAGUGCUCGACAUAUGCGACCGGCGGCUACUACUCCGGGUUCAAGGAUCUGGGCGUCAAUGACCUGGAUAUGGGAUAUCCCAUUGCUUCCAUCGAGGAGAGUGGCGAGAGUGUCAUUACCAUGGAGCAGGGUCGAGACGGCCUUGUCAACACGGCCACGAUCGCCAGCCAACUUCUCUAUGAGAUCCAGGGUCCCUUGUACUACAACUCAGACGUCACUGCGUCGAUUGAAGAUGUAAAGCUCGAGCAGGUCGGCAAGAACGCAGUCCGAGUCUCGGGAAUUAAGGGACUGCCAGCCCCGGCUACAACCAAGGUUGGAAUCACAGCAAAGGGCGGAUGGCAGGCCGAGUUCCACUUCUACCUUACCGGUAUCGAUAUUCCGGAGAAGGCGGCCAUGAUUGAGCGCCAGACGAAAGCCCGCAUGGGCAAGUACCUAGACAAGUUCUCCUGUCUCAAGUUCAUGAUUGCCGGCGAAGUCCCAGAGAAUCCCGAUUCGCAGGAGUCGGCUACGGUGGACAUGCGCAUUUUCGCCCAGACUCGUGACGAUGAGCUCCUAUCUGGCAGCAGCUUCGUAGACUCAGACCGCGGUUCAUUCGCACGCUUCUGUAUCGAGAACUUGCUGCAGUCAUACCCCGGCGGCACCAUGGCUCCCGACAUGCGAACUGCCGUGGGCAGGCCCUUCUUCGAGUACUGGGUUUCCCUGAUGCCGCAGUCGUUUGUGGAAGAGACCGCUCACCUACCCGACGGCACCAUCAAGAACAUCCCGCCACCUACGUUGACGAAGGAAUACCCCCGCGAGCAGCCUUCGUACCCAGAGACGACAGACCCUGCCGACCUCUCCUCUUUUGGCCCAACGACCCGCGGGCCUUUGGGGUGGAUUGUCAUGGGCCGUUCUGGCGACAAGUCGUCCAACGCGAACCUAGGCCUCUUUGUCCGCAACGAGGACGAAUGGGACUGGCUGCGGACAGUCCUCUCCACAGCGAAGCUGCGCGAGCUUCUAGGCAAGGACGACGUCGGUCGGCAAAUCGACCGUUGCGAGAUGGCCAACAUUCGAGCUGUGCAUUUCCUGUUGAAGGACCACCUUGACCGAGGCUUCAACUCGACUUCGAGCUUUGAUAGUUUGGGUAAGAACUUGUGUGAAUACAUCAGAAGCAGACAUGUAGAUAUCCCGAACAAGUUUCUUGAACGAGGAAAGGUGUAA